UCUAGCUGGCUGAAGGGGAGGAGAAGUAGCUCAUGGACCAUUUUCUCCAUUUGGGAGGCACCCUGCGUCUCCAGGCAAAGGGCUUGGGCGGGUCUUUGGCUCCACGCCUUGGCUCCUGGGGCCUUGCUUUUUUUUUGUUGCCAAGGGGAGGGGUCGCUGUGAAGAAGGCGAAGCCUAUAAAGCCAGGGGCGGAGGCGGGAAGGAGGCCACUCGGUUGGCGAGGGCUUGGCGCCUCCGGCUUCUUCUCCAGCUCAGACUUUGCCCGCGGGUCCAAAGGCGCCGAGUCCGCCCAGAGGGCGAGGGGAAGGCGUCGCUGGGCCAGCAUUAGCCCCAAGGCGUGCGUUGGAAGGCUCCCUCUCCUCCUCCUCUUCCUCUUGGCGAUGGGGCGCUACACGGGGCAGACGUGCCGGCUGUCCUUCAUGCUGGUGCUGACGGCGGGCUUCUUCGUGGCCGAGCUGGUCUCGGGCUACGUGGGCAACUCCAUCGCGCUGAUCUCGGACUCGUUCAGCAUGCUCUCGGACCUGGUGGCGCUGUGCGUGGGCCUGGCCACGGGGCGCCUCUCCCGCCGCCAAGGGCCCCGCUCGCCGGCCGCCUCCUUCGGAUCGGGCCGCGCCGAGGUGGUGGGCGCGCUCAGCAACGCCGUCUUCCUCGCCGCCCUCUACUUCACCAUCCUGGUGGAGGCCCUCCAGCGCCUCGCCCAGCCCCAGGGCAUCCGCGACGCCUUCCUCGUCCUCCUCGUCGGCGCCCUCGGACUCGCCGUCAACCUCCUCGGGCUCCUCGUCUUCCAGGACUGGGCCUGCUGCUGCCCCCGCCCCCGACGCCCAAGCCCGACCCGGGACAGCGACCCCGCCGCCCCCGACACCCAGCCCCCCUCCGGCCUUGACAUCGAAAUGGCCCCCGCGGAAGGCGCGCGGGUGGAGCAAGCGGGGGAAGAAGACGGGGCGCAGGGAGAAAGCCAAGCAGGUGACUCCAUCAGUAUCGAGAAAUCGUCUCAGGCGGAGGAAGUACAGAAAAAAGAGAAAAAGUCUGAAGCCCUGAACAUCAGAGGUGUCCUUCUGCAUGUGAUGGGAGAUGCACUUGGUUCAGUUAUUGUUGUCAUUGCCGCUUCAAUCUUCUAUGCGCUCCCUCUGGAGGAGAACGCCCCUUGCAACUGGCAGUGCUACAUUGAUCCAAGCCUGACCAUCCUUAUGGUGUUCAUCAUAUUGUCUUCAGCUGUCCCGCUUAUCAAAGAGACGGCAACUAUUUUGCUACAGAUGGUUCCCAAGGCUGUUAAUAUGCAAAUCCUGACAAACAAACUACUGGAAGUGCCUGGGGUGAGCAGCAUUCAUGAGGUGCAUGUUUGGGAGCUUGUCAAAGGGAAGAACAUUGCUACCCUCCACCUCAAGUGUGACUCUCGGUCUGAUUAUGAAGAGGCUUCGUCCAAAAUGAGGGAGGUCUUCCAUGAAGCAGGGGUCCAUUCCGUCACCAUCCAGCCAGAGUAUCUUGACUUCAAGAGUCCAGAGAUCCUCUGCAGCUCCCCGUGUAUCUCCAAAGCUUGCGACCCUCACUUGUGUUGUAGCCAGCAGGAAACCUUCCUUGCUCAGGUGAAUGGCUACAAUGGGAAAGGAGGCCUAUCUCCAACUCUGCAGAAAUCUUUCCAUAAGAAGGACAUGUGGGAAAUUCCCAAAGAACCCACGUGGGCCGAAGAUGUGGUCAAAAAGAACAGUUGCACAAAAGACGAUUACAAAGAAGAAAGCACUCCCAAACCUAAACCAAACAAUACAAGAUUUUAGAUCAUUCAGUGCAUGUUUUGUAAUGUUUCUUUUCUAAGAUGCCUUUCUGGGUCAAAGCUUCCCUUGGCUAACAGGUUCAUAACUGAUGGCAAGUAUUUGCCAUGGUUCUGCGGGAAACAUUUGACAGCUUGGUGCCAAACUGAGGCACAUGCACAAAGACUGCAACUGAAGUGAGCGAUAUUUGCUUGUAUUGAAAGAGCCAUGUAGAAAGUCAUAGAUUGGUAGAGUUGGAAGAGACCCCAAGGGUCACUCAGUCCAACUCCCUGCAAUGCAGGAACACAAUCAAAACCCUCCUGACAGAUGUCCAUCUGGCCUCUGCUUAAAAUCCUCCAGAGAAGGAGGUCCUUCCACUCACAUAGGGCAAGUAACGACUUUCUUCCCUAUUAACUUAAUAGUCUCACCUUAUUAAAAAAAGUGAGUGGGCAGCCCAUCCUCCAAGAAUAGCUGUGUUUUCUACUAAAACAGCAAGUUCUUUGGAUGUAAGCACUUCAAGUUAUGUUUGUUGUCAUGUGCCUUCAUAUUGCUUCCAACCUGUGGCUACUUAAGAUGAGGCUAUCAUGGGGUUUUCUGUGGCUUGGCUUGCUCAGGUUUACCCAGUGGGUUUUUACGACAGAGCAGGGAAUCGAACCCUGGUCUCCAGACUCAGAGUCCAACACUCAAACCACUAUGCAACACAAAUAUACUCAGUGCAAUUUUGGAAAAUGUUUCCUUGGAAAACAUGUCAAUUUCUCUCAAGCGUAAAUAUUUUGUGGCCAAGCGUGCUUCGGGCUAAUUUACUGAACUGGCAUGCAAAUUGUAAGCCUUUUAGUAAUGUAUGAUUUUGCUGGGCUUGAGGUGCUUUAUUGGUAUGACAGAAUGAAAGAAGACAAGUAACUGAUCCUACUUUAAAAAAAAACAAAACAUAUCUCUAUUUCCUUGAAAUCAGGAUGAAUGGGGAGAGGGACAGACCACCUUGAGUUCAUUGAGAUGUUCAGCUUUAGAACAGGAACCAAGGAAGCAAAACAAUGAAAAGCAGGAUUCAAUGGUCUCAGAAUUGAAUCAGAUUAGGUGAAAUCAGUAACCAGAGUUUUUUUGGAUGCAAUAAACACACUUUUUGCAUGGUUGGUCUGAAAAACUGAGAGCAAUGUAGAUGGAGAUUACAUCCUUUAUUCACUCACUGAAUUCAUUCACUCGCCACACCAUUCCUUCCCCCUCUUGCAGUAAUUAUAAGAUGCUGUAAACAACUUGAAUAUAAUCUGCCAUGUGAGUGGAACAUUACUGUGAAUCAUUAAAGAUAAAUGUAUGUUUUAUUAAUAAAGAAGACUGCAGUCUGCAGCACCCUUGAGUCUGUA